AUGGGGUCUUUUGGUGUGGUUCUGAGAAGCCUCUGCGCUGUGGCGAGACCGGGAGCGUUUUCGCGUCGGGGUAAUCGGGCCCUUGCCGCCCGGUCCUUCUCGGCAGUUCUUUCUCCGCCUUCCAAGGCCGUCGUCUACGAGCAUCAUGGCCCACCGGACCAAGUCACCAGGUACUACCCCCGGAACUCCCUUACAUCAGAUAAUGAGUUCUGCUCCCUCUCGAUGUCUAUUUUCAAACGAGAUCGUUUGUGGUUAUUUUUUCUCGCGUAGAGAGUUGCUCCCUGUUCAAACCCCCAAGGACGGAAGGCUAACUUGUAGAGUUCUUUGGCCUGGAGCUUGCGCUGAUAUCUGAUUUUUCUGCAGGAUGAUUGAUCUCCCUCCCGUUGAACUUAAAGGAAAUGACGUUUGCGUCAAAAUGCUUGCCGCCCCGAUCAACCCUUCUGACAUAAAUCGGAUAGAAGGCACGCCUCCUACCGAUUUAUUUUGUUUAAUGAAGGCAAUUCUUCGAUCUUAUUUGUUAUCCUUGUUUCUUAUUAGCCACAAUAAGAGGAAAUAUACGCAUUAUUGCUCCCGGACUGUUCUUAGUAUCGGAUAUCAUUUGUAUUACCCAUCCUGGAUGUCUUCCUAAGCUUGCAUUGUUCAUUCCGUUCCCUAAAUCAUCUCUAGAAUGGAGUCACGAAAUCAAACUUUCAUUUGUUAGCCAAAUCUGUGUUGAAGGAGGAAAUGUCUGAAGUCAUCAUAUUCUGUCGCAGUCCGUGCUUCGUGGCUAUUGUGGACGCCGCAGAAAUAUGAGCAUGAUUUUCCAUGAUGCUUUGAGAAAUUAAGUGCUGUUUCUCUUUCUGUGCAUGAAGUUAUGAAACGUGUUAAACAUUGGCCUCUUUUGCUUUAUGUCAGCAUCUUCUAGUUGUCAAGACUUCUUUUUUAUAUAUAUUUUCCUAGCUGCUUGAUAUCUGGAACCAACUCCUGAUCGAUUUCCUCCAUCUUUGUGCUCGUUUUUGGAUAAGAACCUUGUUUUAUUCAUCAGGGGUUGGUUCUGAACCAGCCCCUGGAACCAAUUUCCGAUGUUAGUUGUAGAAAUCAGGAUAUUUAAGUUUUGGGUCCUCGAUUCCUCUUAACGGCUCGUAGCUUCAAUGCUCUUCAGGUGUUUACCCGGUGAGGCCUCCAUUACCUGCAGUUGGAGGUUCUGAGGGUGUUGGACAAGUCCAAGCUUUGGGGCCUUCCGUGGGGAAUCUUUCUGUGGGUGACUGGGUCAUUCCAGCACCACCUUAUAUCGGUAUUUAAAGACUUUUUUUUUUUGAUAUCAUAUUAUUUUUUUUGCAAUGAGUCGUUGCUGCCCAUUGGAUCUGUUUGUUUUAUCGCGCAAUGAAACGGGUAAGAGAUGUGGUUCUCAGGAACAUGGCAGACAUAUGUUGUCAAAGAGGAAAAUGCUUGGCACAGGGUUAUUAAAGAUGUGCCUAUUGAGUAUGCGGCUACAAUCGCCAUAAAUCCUGUGACAGCUUUGCGAUUGCUGGAGGACUUUGUUCAACUUAAUCCUGGUACAUUGUAGUUUGCAUAUUUGACAGUGUUUUAUCUCCUUCAGUUCUAUGGGGAGCAACCUGUUAGUACUAAAAUUAUUUUUGUUUGGACAAUUAGGCGAUGCUAUUGUGCAAAAUGGCGCUACGAGUAUGGUGGGGCAAUGCAUUAUCCAACUUGCACAUCUCAACAAAAUACACAGCAUAAACAUCAUCAGAGAUAGGUAUAAAUACUGUUCCUACGAUUUUUACUUCCGUUUUAUCUCAUGAACCUGGAACCAUUUCUCUGAAACCCUAAUUGCACUAGUGUAUUAUCAUUACAUCUUUCUUAGUAAUCUUCUUGGAGUUUCAUUCCCUCUUUCUUUUUUUUUCUUUUUUUUUUUGUCAUAUAUAGAACUGGAUCGGAAGAAGUCAAAGAAAAACUCAGGAGACUUGGGGCUGAUGAGGUGUUCACCGAGAGCCAAUUAGACGUAAAGAAUGUCAAGGGCCUUCUGGUAUUGAGUGAUUUUUAUUAUGAAAUAAUCAGUUACUCUUGUUAUAUUUAUCUCUCUCUCUCUCAUUAUUGUGCGUUCCCAUUACAUCGUAUCUUGAUUGACUUAUGGAAUAAGUCAAUGGAUUGGUGUGUGAUUAUUUACUUGGAAUAAGUCAAUAAAUAUUUUCUUAUGAUGAUUGCUUAAACAUUCUUAGGGUGAUCUACCUGAACCCGUACUGGGAUUAAACUGCGUUGGGGGCACUUCCUCAUUGCUGGUUCUCAAGCUUCUCAGGUUUUUACUGCAUUCUUAAAAUCUGAAGGUAUAAAAAAUCGUCUUCAGUUCAAACACGUCUAGCAACCUAAUCGAGUUUUAUUUCCCCACUGCAGGCAGGCAGGAACCAUGGUAACUUACGGUGGCAUGGCGAAGAAACCAGUCACCGUCUCCACUUCACAACUUAUAUUCAAGGUAUCCAUGGCCUAAUCUACAGAUUUUUCUUGACGAUCAGUAGCUAUUUUCUUCCAAAAAAUUGUGCCGUACUUGGUAACUUUCCUCUCCAAUGGGUCUGAAAAUGUCGCUGCUGAUUAUACCUUGUCAUGUCGAGUGACUCUCACAGAAGAAAAUCUGAGGUGGUAUCUCCUUUGUGUUCUCCCGGGCUAGGAUAAUCAUGUGGAAGGAAUUACCCAAAAAUAGCCUUUUUAAUGGGUAGUUUAUGUUUCACUAAAAGUUAUGAUUUUUGGUAAUCUCAGUCAAGGUCGGAUAUUAAGUGCCAUCAAAAUUUCUAGUAUAUGCCUUUUAUUUCUUCUUAAUUUUUCCAAAGAGGGAACAGCCCUUCCCUCUCGUCUCCUCCCUGCUCUUUUUUCUCAAGAAAACUGGUGGAUGCAUUCUUGCUCAGGAUCUCUCCCUCCGAGGCUUCUGGCUACAGAAGUGGAUGGCCCCCGAGAAGGCCGAAGACUUCAGGGCGAUGCUGGACCACCUCCUCCGCCUGGUGCGCGACGGGCAGCUCCAAUACGAGUAAUCACCCUCCCACCCCACCUGCUUGGGCGAUGUUUUCUUCCUUCUGAUGCCACCAAAACUCAUACAGAGAGAAAACCUUUGCAGGACGGAUCUGGUUCCCUUCCACGAUUUCAGUGCGGCACUGGACAGGGCCCUCGGCAAGCUGGGCAGCCACCCUAAGCAGGUCAUAGAUUUCACCUCAACCAGUACUGUUUAA